AACCAGUAGCUCUUCGCGAUGAAACUUCAAUGUCUACUACGGAUGUGCAAUCUUUAUGUACUCUUGGGAGCUUGUUGUGCACUGAAGUUGUACAAAUCCAGUUGCCUGUACUCUCUCUUCUCCCCCAACCAGAAACCGACGAAACAACGAAGAUGACGUCUCUCUUUAUUACUACUCCACAAUCACCGCUGGUUCAAGGGUUUUUCCGUCCAGCAACUGCACCUAAACUUCACUUCUCUGUAGCUUCUCGUCUCGCUCCCCAUGCCCCUCUUCUCCCCUUCAGUAUAAGGUGCAAGCACAUUGUAAAAUUGCAACCAAAGUACAGAUUGUUCAGAGUGUUGGCAUCAAACUCAAAUCCUUCUGGGGAAAAAUUGGAAGAGAAAUCAGAUAAUGAUGCUGGCCAAGGCCCUCCUUUCCUUACUAUUUUGGCUGGAGUACUUGUCUUCUUAUUAAUUUGCUGGAUAGGUGGAUCCAUUAUACUGUGGCUGCUUGGCCUUUUUGCUAAGUUGUUUCAAUAAGAAUUAGAGUUAUUGUUGCAUAUAUACUGAAGCAUUCAGAAGUUGUUUAUCAAAAUGUUUACCUGCAGUUUCACUCUCA